AUGUCUGGUGUUUCCGCUUCUAUAAUGCCCAGAGGAAGAACCACGCACUCACGAUUCAAGAUACCUCUGAGCAUUGAUGAUGAGGGUUUCUGUAGUUUCACAAAGCAUAGUGGGACAGCUAAGCUUCUGCAGAUGACAUCACUCAUUAUGUGGGAUGAAGCCUCAAUGACUAAGAGGCAGGAGGUGGAGGCCCUGGGCAACAACAUGCAUGACAUAAUAGGCCGGUCAGAUGUCUCUUUCGGUGGGAAGAUGGUUAUGUUUGGUGGUGACUUUAGACAGGUCAUCCCUGUUGUCCGAAAGGGGUCAAGAUCUCAGAUAGUUGAUUCGACGCUGCGCAGGUCCUACAUGUGGGAGCGCAUGCAACACAUAAGGCUCAUGCGUAACAUGAGGGCUCAAAGCGACCCGUGGUUUGCAAAAUACUUGUUGUGCAUCGAUAAUGACACCGAGAAGGCUGAUGGUGAUGGCAACAUACGACUUCAUGAUGAUAUAUGUGUGCCGUAUACAGGAAAGGACGAAUGCCUCAAUAAACUUAAUAGCAUGUUUCGAUGCUCUACUCUAACUUGGCUGACCCAAACUACAUCACGUUGA